GUGAAGUUGUCAUGUUUGGGAGAUAGAUUCUGUCCAGAAAUCCUUCAGAAAGUCUUUAUCGGCGCCAACGCCUCAGUCAAAGAACUGUAUUUUUUGUUCCAUUCUGAUCGGGCCGUUUGUCUCCACUGGACAGAAAGCCCCCUUCUGACCCCCAUGCCUAAUAAGAAUGAACAUGGAGAAAACUUCUUGGAGUUGGGCUUUGACUGGUAUAUCCUAGAACACUGGAGCUCCGUCACAAACGAGUCGAAACCCCAACAGCACAUCCGUCUUGGAAUUGAAUACGCCCGUCUAGGCCACCAAGGACGACGACGCUUCAUCCGCUCAGCACACGCCCACUUCUUUUCCCCUCCCGUCGUCCUUCCCCCUCACAUCUUCGCCGUCCCUUCAGAUCUCCUCAUGCCCCACGAGCGCCGCAUAAAUACCCACUACACACCCAUCUGGAUCCGUACCGACUACAAUCCCGGAACAGACGUCAUCCACCACUCCCUGCUAACCUCUAUCCCCUCAAACAACAUCUUGAAAUAUCUCGAAGAAGGAACGAUCCUCAACAAUUCUGAGCGUUACUCCUUCCUUGCUUCUCAGCCUCUUGAGUCUAUCCUUGCAUUCGUACCACUGCUUGUUGAAUUCAACUCGGACCUGUACGUUCAACCUGAUGAGCAGGUACCGUGGGAGAGUGAGGAGCUGCAAGUGCAGUUCAUGGAUAGAGAGGAGGACGGAGAUAGCGAAGAGCAGAAGAAACACAAACUUAUGGUUCAUCAGCGUUCAUUCUUUGUUGCGGAUGAAGAGGCGAUGAGGACGGGAUAUGUACUGUGGGUGCAUCUCGAUCAAUUCGGGACUGUGGUCCAGAAGAAUCGUGUCCAGCCUCUUUUGUUUGGAGCAUUGGGAGCGCCGGAUUUGAAACUGAGCUUGGGGGAGCUUGGGGUCGGGUAUGAGGAUGGGAGAUUGAACGCUGUGCGAGACCAGUGGGGAAAUCUCAGGCCGAGGUUAGUGAGACAACCGUCGAAUGCUCAGAUUCUUGACAAUCUGCUUGCGUUGAAGACGGAGCAGAGGUUCAUUGCUUGAUCUGACUUAAUGAUUUGGCCGAUCAAUGGUGGCGUAUGCACAUCUCAGAAGGGAGAUACGGUUAGAGUAAACAUAAAUAUAAUGGGGUGGCGUCGCGAUCUUGCUUGCCCUCUGAGGUUUACAAUCACUUGAUUGCUUCGAAGGCGUCUGGAGAAAGAAGACGAAUCUAGGUAUGAAGGGGGACUUCGCUUCCGAGAAUCGCCCCAUAUGUACGAAAGGGCAUCAUAUUCCACAUUUUCGGGUGACCUUGUCGUCUACUGUCGGGUGGCUUCCAAUUGAGGUUCCAAUACUUGACGGCCUUCGGACGUAAUUAAGUACGUCUCGGAAAGCUCACAUUAUAUUCUACUCCUGGCAGCAGGAAGUAUCCUCAAAAGCCGAGUGGGCUGGCAGUACUCGUAAUCAUAAAAGAGAGGCUCGUAGAUAUAUUACUCGACCAUAGCUUGAAAAUCUAUAUCUUG